GUAGAUAUACCAACUAAAGACGACGUCGUUUGAGGCAUGCAGGAACCCCACUAACGUAUUUGGGUCACCCGUGACGUGUCUCUAAGAUUCUGAUUUCUGAAUCGGUGUAUACACAUAGUUACAUACACUCCAAAAUUUGCUUUCAUCAUAAUUCACUCAUUGUGGAUGAAACAAGUGUUUUCUGUUGCAGGUUGUUUGAUUACGUCAUUUUAACUGCUGUGUUCGAAAUUCGGUUGACCGAAACCCUAAUUUGUACGUUUCGGAUGAAGCAAUUAGAUCUCACUAAUGGAAGACCUAAAAGAGCGUCUGCUACCGACAAAACCUGCGUCUGUGAUAAACCCUAGAGAUGUAAUAGGCCUGAAAAAACACGGUCAAGGUCUUCGAUCAUGGAUCCGAGUGGACGCUGCAACAGGGGAAUCCGAAGUUAUUGAAGUUGACAAAAACACAAUGAUGAGGAGAUGUGAUCUUCCUGCGCGCGAUCUUCGGUUACUUGAUCCGUUAUUUGUCUACCCGUCGACGAUUCUUGGCAGAGAGAAGGCUAUAGUUGUAAAUUUGGAGCAGAUUCGGUGUAUUAUAACGUCUGAUGAAGUUUUGCUUUUGAAUUCUCUUGAUAGUUAUGUGUUACAGUAUGUGGUGGAGUUGCAGCGUCGGUUAAAAGCUGCGGGGAAUGAUGAUGUUUGGCAAUCAGAAAGCUCGGAUUUUAGUAGAAGGAAAGGUGGUAGGAGUUUUAGGGGGGCGUUUGGAUGCAUAUCGCCUGAUUAUUUGCCGUUUGAGUUUAAGGCUUUAGAAGUUGCUCUUGAGGCUGCUUGUACGUUUUUGGACGCGCAGGCUGCAGAAUUAGAGAUUGAAGCGUAUCCGUUGCUAGAUGAACUUACAUCAAAGAUCAGUACUUCAAACUUGGAACGUGCUCGUAGAUUAAAAAGCAGACUAGUUGCAUUGACCCGAAGAGUUCAGAAGGUAAGAGAUGAGAUAGAGCAACUCAUGGACGAUGAUGGAGAUAUGGCUGAAAUGUAUUUAACUGAGAAGAAAAGGAAAAUGGAGUCAUCAUUCUAUGGUGGAGAUCAAUCUCUGGCAGGACACAGAUCAACGGACGGGAUUCAAUCUAUUUCUGCACCAAUUUCUCCGGUCUCUUCACCUCCAAAUGCUCGUAGGCUUGACCGAAAUUUGAGCCUUGCAAGGAGCAGGCAUGAAAGCCCAAAGAGUUCCGAGAGUGCUGCGGAAAAGAUUGACGAGCUGGAAAUGCUACUGGAAGCUUAUUUUAUCGUCGCUGAUAGCACUCUUAAUAAGCUUACAUCGCUGAAGGAAUACAUUGAUGAUACUGAAGAUUUCAUCAACAUUCAACUGGAUAAUGUUAGAAACCAACUUAUACAGUUUGAGCUGGUGCUAACGACAGCAACAUUUGUAGUUGCCAUGUUUGGGGUUGUAGCAGGGAUAUUCGGGAUGAAUUUUCAGAUACCUUUGUUUAAGGAUCCAUCGGCAUUCGAAUGGGUGCUUGUGAUCACCGGGAUUUCUGGCGCCAUUCUAUUCAGUUCGUUUUUGUGGUUUUUCAAGUACAAAAGAUUGAUGCCUUUGUGAAUGGUCAAUGAAAAUGAGGAGAUUUCUCUAGGUCUGACUUGUUAAUUAGAUUUUAAAAUGCGAAUUUAAUUAUUGAUGCAAAUGAAAUAAAGUGUGUUGAAUAUUAUUUUA